GCAGAACUCAGCAGGGAGGAAGAUGGAGACAAAACUAGAAAGAGUUGACUGGCUGUCAUGGGCUCUGGCUCCACCUAACUGUGAGCUCCCUGCUCUCUCUUCCACUGGUCCUAAUGGGCACAAGCUACCACUGCCACACAUUUCUAGACAAAUUGCUUUUCUGAGCACACCUCCUGAUUGGGGCAUGGGCAGCAGUCCAGGGUGAGUCGAGGGCCAUGGCAGAAGUCAGUGAGGAGUCAGAAUGAAGUGUUGGAUCAGAGAACCACAGGGCAAAGCAGGUGGUAUGAUCAAGGAGCAAGCCUGUGACCCAAAGAAUGACAAAAGACGAAGGGACACACCAGGGCUAAGAAAGACCUUGCUUCAGCAAGGCUGAGCUAGGACAGGAAGCCCCUUUUAUGUUCCUUCCUGUCCAAGAGGGACUCAAUAGCUAGCCGGGGUGAGCUGGAGUCAGUCCAGGGCCUGAAGGACUUUCACUGAGAAGGCCUGCACCUGCAGCUCAAAGGUUCACCACAUAGGGGCACUGCACAGAGAUUUGGCAGUUCCUGAGCAGAGCAAGUAGCUCACACAGAGACACAAUGGGCAGACUCCUCUGAGUGGGUGAGGAGGAUAAUUCUGCUGCCUCCGUGACUUAGAUGUGGCUGGAUUGUCCAAUCAUACCAACUGCAAAGAUAUAGGAGAACUGCCAGGCUGCUCUCGGCAGAAACAAACUGAGAAGAGCCUAAGGCAGCACACCAUGGAGAGACACAACAGGCAGCCUCCUAUGAAGAGGUUCUGCUGUGUCUCCAUGUGUUGGGAAGGAUCAAAUGGACCAAGUAUAGCGAAAGUAAAGAUGCAGCAGAAUGACUAAGAGUUGGCAGAGGAUGAGAAGAAGGCUGCAAAACUAGAACAGCAACUCAUGCAGAGACGCAAUGGGGAAGUUUUUCUGUGAAUGAGUGCCCUGGACUCAGAGAACUGAUAUUGAUUGAACUAACUUAUUUACAGUGGUGCACUAGAAGGCCUGUCCUGGUACACAGGCAUGAUAAAGCCUGGUAAACUCUUUAUUAUUGUUGUUUUUGUUUAAAAUAACAAUAUCCAUGCUCGGGGGGGGGGGGGAAUGGUAGAAAGAAAAAAAUGAAAGAACGAGUCAUUCCUGCCAUCUUUAGCUCUGGCCCCUGACAAAUUACUCCCAUUUGAAUGUGGCACUUGACACCCUGGCUCUAACCAGUGUACUGUGCUGCUGCAGAAAGUGGAUAGCCCAAACAACCUGAUGCCAAACUCACUUAGAUAUUUGAAUUCUCUCAAACCAACACAGCUGACUUGCUGAGCAUUAUAUGCACAAGAAUCCAUCAGCACCAGAGAGGAUGUAUUUGUUAUUAUUCCUGCAUCAAUAUCAUAUUUCUCAUGCUAGUUCAGUUGAUUAUGAUCCACAGUGUUUCACUGGAUGGGGUGGGGAGGGGGUGAGGGAGGAAGAGAAGCAAUAUCACAGCCAUAAAAGAAACACUGAAUUAUCUGCCUUAUCUGCCAAUAUUCCUGAGCCAAGGCGCAAUAAUGAGAAAUAGAAAUGUGGGGUGAGGGGUAAAAGAAAAGUUUGACUUAACUAAUAAGUUACUAGUCAUCUGGCUAAGUUCAUUUCACAGGCAGCACUUCAGGGCCAGAGGAGAAUCUUGCUCCUUUGACAGCAGCUGCUGAAGGGGUGUGGAGGAAAUGAAGAAGUUUCAAAGGAGACGGGAUCGUUAUUACAGUUUAUAGCUGGAGGAAUUAAAAAGGGGAGGUGUCUCUCACCAUCCUCCUGUUUAUGUCCAGGAAAGGUGAUCAGGGCUGCCUGCCCUCCUCCUGUAUAAAAACCCCAGGACAGGUCUGGGAUCAUGUAUACAGGGAUCUAUGCUGGUGCAUCUUUCCAGCCCAUCUGGAAGAGAGAUCAUGGGAUUCCUGAAUUUCCUAGUUCUGCUCUCACUGUAUUUUGCUGCAGCCGCUUCAGAGGGUGAGUCCUUUAUCCAUUUUCCUCAAGGAUGCUAAGUACAGCUUCUUUUUCAGCUUACUAAUCUGAUUUUUUGAAGACCCCAGCAAUCUGACAGUAUCAUUGGCUGCUGGCUAUAUUUUAUUUUUAAUCUACUAUGCUAUAUGUUUAUCUGUCUGUCUAUCAUCUCUACAUGCUCUUAAUUCUCCUAAGGAUGUGAAACAGUUUCUAAUAGGGUUGAUUUGUUCUUCAACAACGGGGCUCCAGGGAUAUUAUUUUGCAAAGAUGCAAUCGGAAGAGUGUGGCUCGACUUCAUUUCACUCGCCCGUCUGAUACAUGUCCAUACGUGUAGUUGAUUUAUGUUUCCUGUCAUUGAAUUUGUGCCGUGAAACUAUGUGUUCUAUCAGAUCAAGAAGAGAAAGGCUUUAUUUAUGCUUUUGAUUCCUUUUACCCCAACCCCACAAAUGGCAAACUGAUGUCUUCAGUUUAUAAAAGAUUAAAAGUCUGCAUUGGUGAGCCUUUUCAGCUGCAGAUGACCUGCUUUACAUGCAGAUGUUCCCAGGUUCAAUCCCUGACAUAUCCUAUUAAAAAGGAAGCAGGUGAUGGGACUGAUUCCCCCGUCCAGGACCCCUGAGAGGGAUGCUGCCAAGCCAGAGCAGAUGAUUCUGGGCAAGACAGACUAAGUCUGAUGGUGCCUCUCCAGACUGUCACUGUUUUGUGGAAGGGAUUCAAACAAAUAAUCAUAAAUUUUAGGAGAAUCUAUUAUUUUCUUUCCUAAACAUCUUAGCCAUUUUCACUGGUGUAAUAUACCAUCUAUACAUCAUCUUCAUGUAAUUUUCUCUUAAUAAUAUGCAAUCUGUAAAUUUUAGAUCAACUUUCCACAGUUUCCACCAACUUUCAAAUUGCAUGUUGUGUCCCACAUCCUGGCCCCAUUUAAUCAUAACUGAUUUAACUUCUUCAUCUUUAGUUUCCUAUUCUAAUAAAAUACUAUAUGCUUUUUUAAGCAACUUAAAAUUCUCUUCCACUAUUUCUUUUUUAAAUCUGGAAACUAUAUAACCAACCCCCUUUUUAUUAUCUUGCUUAAAAAUCUUGUUUAGUUGCCUAUGGUGUAACCAACUUUGUAAAUAAUCUUUCAACUCAUCUUACUCCUUUGAGUUUACCUUCAUCCUCUGUUAAUAACACUCUGUAUGUCAACCAACUUACUUUUUGGUCAACUUAAGUGAAAAUGCUUCAGUAGGUGACAGCCACCAUGGUGUUUUCCAUUCUAACAAGUCUUUAUAUUUUCCCCACACUCUUAUUAGUGACUUUCUUAUUAUAUGGUUUGAAAAGUGAAUCUUUCUUAUUAUAUGGUUUGAAAAGCAAAUCAGGAUGAAUUCAGGAUAAAUGCAUGCUGUUGUAAAUGAAUUCGAAUGAAUGGUUGAUAGUGACUAGAUGUGUUCUAACAUGUGAGCUUUGUGCAAGGAAAUCAGGAUAAAUGCUCAGUAAACCAGGUUUCUCAGAAAAGCCCUGAGUUGGUGUAGAGUCAGCUAACUUCCUGUGUUCCUAAGAAUCUAGUCAGCUUUUAUAUUCUCUCACAGAGCUGCUUGAUGUUCAAGAAUGCGGGUGUGCAUUUUAUCACGUCUGCAGGCCUCCCUUGUGGGUGCUAACUUUUUCACAAUCAAAUUGUAUCCUAUUCAUUUCCUUAAUGAAUCAUCAGCUAUAACUAGGGUUAAAAAACAACAACCCCUUAAUAUCAAGGGGAAAUUAAAAGUGGGAUAAAGUAGCUAGAAUAAAAUGAACAAAUAUUCAGAUAACCCGAGAAAGAAGACAAGAAGAUAAUAAGAUAAUUGCAAUAUGGAGCAAUUUUUUUAUAACAGUGGGAGAGGAAAAUACAAUAUUUCAUGUGUUUUUAGGCAGAAUUGGGCUAUAUGUGUAUAGGAUACCUUGAUUUGGUGGUUUGCCUCCAGAGGCAAUUUCUGACUCGUUUUCACUCCCAUCUCCCCUUUCUCUCCUGUUUCCCCUUAUAAAGUUUUACUGGGUUGUUUCUUGGCAUUAGUCAUAUUCAUAGAAGAUCCUCUGAAAUUAAUGAGCAACUAACUCAGCUCUAUUCAUUUCAGAGGGUCUACAAAUUUGUGUAUGACUGAAUUUUGAAAAAAAGAAAGAAAGCACUUACUUUUGUAUUCUAUUAUUUUGCAGAAACGUAAUGAUUGAUGCCAAAUCUUCAAAAACAAAACUGAGGCUGUAACUGUAAUUUGAGGCAGUGACAGAGCUUACAGCAUAACAAUAUUAUGUAGAAAAUGCUCAGGGAGUUUUAAUGCUAAAGGGUGAUAUCCAACACUACUCAGAGUAGAUUAAUUGAAAUCAAUGGAUUGAAUGCCGCCCAAAGUGAGGACUUUCCUACCCCGUCUCAUGCAACCUCAAAACGCCCCCGGACUCUAAAUUUCACUUACCAGUGAAACAGCUGGCAAACUUUUCAGAACGUAAGUUAAAAUUUGUCUUAUUGCACAGAAGACUUGACAAAAUGGCCAUGUCUGAACUAUGUCACAGUGUGAUCCUGUGCAUGUCUACUCAGAAGUAAGCCCCACUGAAUUCAACGGUACUUACUCCCAGGUAAAUCUGUAGAAAUCUGAAAAACCGAGCUUCAUACCACAAUCUUAUGCACGUUUACUUGUGUGUAUGCUUCGGGGGGGUGUUGUUUGUUUUAAUUUCUUAUCUUGAAAUAACAGUAUUGUUCAGAAAAAUGCAAACAUUUUUGGGAAUGGGUUUUUUGGCUACGGAAAAAUAGCUCCUGCGUAAAUAUCCUAUCUUGUUGUCAAUAUUAGCUUGGCAGAGAUACAAAAAAAAGUCUCCCAAGAAAUAUUAAACAAAAGCUGCAGGAAGACAUGGAAUGCUGGUGUGAUCCAGAAAAUAGCUUGGGGGGGGCACAGAAUCAGAGGGGCAUGGGUUCAAAUUUCACCGUUGCCUUGCAUCAACAGAUGCAAAUUUCCCAUGCAAAAUGUUCUUGUCUGUGGGAAAGCAACAGUGCUAAAUUUAUUUAUUGAUUUUAAUCAUGCACACGCUGCUUUUUAAAAUAAACAUAUCCCCCCAAAGCAGUACUCAAAAUCUCAAGUAUGAUGAUGUUAAGAAUAAUAAUCACUCACUUAAAAAAGGAAAAUCAAUCACAUCUCAAAAAGUAAAAGCAUAUCAGGAUAACUAUCAAGUAAGGCAGCAUGAAAAGCACAGAUAUAAAUCUAGCACGGCAGUUACAUUAGCCUCCCUGGUACAGAGGUAGAUGCAUUCAGAAGCAGCAACCUGCCAGUCCUCAAAAAUAUCCCCAAACUUCAGAAAUAUCUAUUUUGCCCCAAACAUCCAGAUAAGAACUUAAGAUGAUCCUCCUGGAUCAGGCCAUUGGCCCAUCUAUUCCAGCAUCCUGCAGUGUCUACAUCAUACAUAUUCAUCUUUUUUCCUCUAUCCAUGCAAGUGUUGCUUUUCAAUUGAUCUUAAGAACGAGCAACAUUUAUAGCAAAAGCUAAAGAUUCCCACUUUCACAUCAGGAAAUAGCUUGUGCUGAGUGCACCACAAACGUCUCUAAAACUCUAUGAAGCCUCCACAUCAAAGCAAGGGAAUGGGGGGGGGGUGCAGGAAAGAAGAGAACAGUGACAUUUCCCCCUUUGUUUUUUAAUGCUUCCAUCUUUGGCAAAGGCCGUAAAAAAAUAAUAAAAAAAUAAACCCUUGAUGGAUGAACCUUGUCAUUCAACCAUCAGAGAUAUAAGCAAACAUUAACUAGCAAACAUUUAAAAAAGGUUGUAGAAAGCCACUGACAGCCUGGGGUGAGCUGAGAGAACAGAGAUUCUGUGCUCACCUCUAGAACACACAACUUACAGUAGGGAGAUUGCGGUUUGGCAUGGGUUGGAUACCUGCAAAAAUUUAAAGCACAUGGCUUCCCCCAAGGAAUCCUGGGAAUCGUAGUUUGUGAAGGGUGCUGGGAAUUGCAGGUAUGUGGGGGGUAAACUACAGUUACCAGCAUUCUUUGGGGGAAAUUCAUAUGCUUUAAAUGUAUGGUGGUGCAGAUAUGACCAGGUUAUAUUUUCCGCACCUCCAGGUAAAAAGUAUCUGAGAUAUUUGGUAAGACGGACAUGUGCCAUGCACAGUAUCAGCCUGUCUGAGGAAAGCCAAAGGCUUGCAGGAGCUCAAAAGGGGGACAAUUCCAAAUCAUGAGGCAAACGGAAGGUGUGAUGUAAAGGCAGGAAGUCUAAUUUUAAUUGCAGGCAGCACAAAAGGUCAACAUCCCAGAGGCUGUCAGACUCCAGCUCCCAUCAGGCCCAGUGAGCAGGACAGUUAAGUCCAGUCAAAGGCGACUAUGGGGUUGUGGUGCUCAUCUCGCUUUCAAGCUGAGGGAGCUGCCGUUUGUCCACAGACAGCUUUCCGGGUCAUGUGGCCAGCAUGACUAAACCACUUCUGGCACAGAGACCAUGACAGAAACCAGAGCGCACAGAAAUGCUGUUUACCUUCCUCGCACAGCUGUACCUACUUAUCUACAUGCACUGGCAUGCUUUCGAACUGCUAGGUUGGCAGGUGCUGGGACAGAGCAAUAGCAGCUCACUCCAUUGUGGGGAUUCGAACUGCCAACCUUCCGACUGGCAAGCCCAAGAGGCUCAGUGGUUUAGACCACAGCGCCACCCCAAUGGUCAAGGCUAAAGGGAGCCAGAGUCCAACAAUAUCUGCGGGAGGGGGCACAGAUUAUAGGCUCAGAUUAGGUCUAAAGAGACCCUCACCCAUGAAGUUCACUGGGCAGUGUCUCUCCCAAUCAGGGUCACUUCUUACUGACUCGCUGAUUCUCAGACGAACCUACCUCACAGGGUUGUCAUGAGGAUUGUGCAUGUCAGGGGGAAGGGAAGCCAUUAUGGAUGUUAUCAGACUACAUCUCCCAUCAUCCCUAGCCAUUGGCCACACAUCAGGAGGGACACAGGGUUACCCAGCCCUGCUGCAAAUCAUAUCACUGAUCUGGGAGGAGCACAUAUCCAUAAGGACAUCAGAAGGACUUCCCUUUUGUCUGUCCUGAAUCUCUUGCCAGUCAAGAUGCACUGGAGGACCCUGAGUUCUAAACGCCUCCCCAUGAGGAGGAAGGGCAGCUUAGAAAAGCAAUCAAUCAAUCAAUCAAUCAAUCCAAUAAAUAAAUAAAUAUUACACACACUCUCUCUCUCCGCCUCCUCUCUCUUGCACCACAUAAAAUAAUCUUAACAUAUUUCCUCAAAAUAUACAGGAUUUUGUUUGUUUGUGUUUGUUUGUUUGCAGUUUAAUCUUGAUCACUCUGCUUGACCUUUCUUGCAGGGUUGUUAUAAGGAUAAAAUGGAGGGGACAAAAACUAUGCCACUUCUUUGGGAUAUUAUUAUUAUUAUUAUUAUUAUUAUUAUUAUUAUUCAGUGUAUUCAUAAACAGGUCUGACUUCAAUUGAUCCACACUGGCUCCAGUUCACUCCAAAAAUACGGUGACGGAGUGGGAAUUUUAUCCCAGUAGGGCAAUCAUAUCCUAUUCAAGUAAGUGGAACUGAGGUGCUGAUAAACUCUCUCCUCAUCUUCCGCCUGGACACUCUGUCCAUGCUCAGAAAUGCAUGCCCCAAGCUCCACCACCCAGUGAUGAAACGAGAUUGCAGCCAGCAGGAUUCAACUCUGUCCACAUCUGUCCACAACAAAAAGCACUGAAUCAGGAAGAUGAGCCUCUUGAACUAACAAAGCAUGUUAAAAGAGAAAGAGAGAGAGAAGAUAAUAAUCCAUAGCCCUGUCACAUCCACAAGGCACUGUCAGUUUAAAGUCCGCCCAGUAUUCUCCCCUAUUGAGUUUUUGUUUUGUUUCUUUUAAGUAUAGUUAAUGAGUGAGCAAGGUUUCCUCUGCCCUCUCACCAUCCCGUACCAAGCACAGGCCUGACCUUAUUUUGUUCUCUUCAUGUUAACAAGCAGGAGUUUUUCAAAGAAAGAAGUGCUGAGUUGGGACUCAAGGGCUGAUUGCUUUGCAUUCACUUACUCUGACACAUACGUUUUCCAACUGUCCCUGUUUAUCAGGGACAGGCCCUCCUUUCCCAUUCCUGCCCCCUGGUAAACUGCUGUCCCCAUUUCUUUGGGCCUGUCAGGAAUGCCUUCUUCAAAUGUGCUUCCUCGGAUUUUGCUAGAGCUGUCAUUCUUCAAGGCUCAGCUCCUUCCCCCCAGGCGAUGUUAAAUCUCAAGAGUGGGCAAUGGAUUCAUCUUGCCCCUAAAGGAGAUAUACAUACCCACAUUGCACCAUCAGAAUGGGACUCUUGGGGCAGAAGUCAAGUGCCCCACACAGCAGGAGGAGCCCAAAAUGCAAUUCCGGUGCCGUCCGGGUAGGUCUUUAGGGCAGAAGUCAAGGACCCUUCUCUGCAAAACAAACAGCAGUGUCGGAAGCUGCCUUAUACUGAUUCAGAUCACUGGCCCAUCUAGUUCAAUAUUGUCUUCACUGACUGGCAGCAGCUCUCCAGAGUUUCAGGCAGGCACUCUCUCCCAGUCCUACCUAGAGAUGCUGGGGAUUGAACCUGAGACCUUCUACUUGCAAAGCAGAUGCUCUACCACUGAGCUAUGGGCAGGCUGUCUACAUUUUGAAGAAUCUGAUGUAGUACUUGACUGACAGAGGAAUAGAGAGAUAAGGAUCUGGCCCAGUGGCUGGAUCCAAACUCCCUCCCCACCCCUACUUUAUUUUCCCUGUCUUCAAUCCAGUGUUUGCUUAUCAGUUUCCUUGGCUAAUCCCGGAAGGCUCUGAAUAUGAUUCCAUCAAUCAUUUCCAGAAGCUCCCACCAUCUGUUCUUAGCCUUAAGGAAGGUGUUGCAACCACUCCCAUGCUGAACAUUUUGCUUGCCCAUUUCGGUCCCCUUUACCACAGUCAGACCAAGGGAGAAGAAAUGGGGGAGUCUUCAUUAAGACCAAAGCAAGGACAGGAAAAGAGUUAGGGUUGAUCUGACAAGGCAGGAGAAAAUGGAUGAGUCAACAGGAGACCAACAGAGAAGGAAGGUUGUUGGUCCUGCUGCAUGCCCACAAAUGUCCAUGCCAACCUUUAUUUAUUUAUUUAUUUAUUUAUUUAUUUAUUUAUUUAUUUAGGCUACCUUCAUUUAGAGAAAAACCAUACAAUAUAGAGAAGCUAGUCAAUAUUUUAAAGCUGUGGCAAGAUACCACUGGUCCAUGGAUGCAAUUAAGCCCACUAGGCAGUUUUGGAUGAACCAUACCCACAUUUCCCUUGCCUAAAGCCACAUGACAUCAGCUGUGCAUAGCCUGAAGGGCUAAGAAGUCAAAUGAGGACAGAAGAAGCUGCCUUAACGCAGCAGCAGGGUUGUUGAGUGGGGCACCCUAUUUGACAGUGCAGCAUAACACCUGCACUGAAAUAUGGCAUGUUUCACUGGCUGCUUAUAUAUGGCAUUAUAAAGCCAUGAACAACUUGGGACCAGGGCACCUCCCAGAAUGCCUUGCCUUGUAUAUUCCUGCCCAGUCACUUCACUCCUUAGGAGGGACAAUCUUAGUUGUGUUGGCUGCUCCCAGGAUUUGCCUCAUGUCCACUAAGAUCAGGGCUUUUAGUGUGGUGGCACCUGCCCUUUGGAAUGUGCUCCCAAUGAACACCAGGCAAGUACCAACAUUGUUGGCAUUUAGGCAUCUCCAAAAAAACUUUAAUUUGUUCACCUAGGCUGCCCCCCUGAGAUUGAUGUAGCUAUGUUGAUGAAUUAAUUAAUUAAUCAAACAAACAAACAAACAUAUAUUACUGUCAGUCAAGCAUGAAAGUAACUACAAGAAUACACACACACAUACAUGUGCACACACAAACACACACACACACACACACACACACACACACACAUAUGAUCACAGCCUCCAAAGAACAAAGGUGAAAGGUUAGGAGCUCACCACCAUAACAGCAGGUCUAAGAGUUAUGGCAACAUUCAGAUAUACUCCCACCUGUUUGGUAAUGUAUUUAUUAGACCCCCCCUCCCUUCAAGGAAGGUACUCAAAAGCAUAUGCAGGGAUCUACUAUGAAAUUGCCUCAUAGGGGGAUGAAUUAAGUGGCUCUGUGAUAUAUUUCAUAUUUCUUCCAUGAAUUAUUUGUUGAUUUUAUGCUCCUCAUCACCAAUAAAUAAAUCAGACCGUUUGUACUGGCUCCCCAGGGCUUAAGGAAGGCAUUUUCCUCAUCGGCUGCUAUGUGACCCUUUUACCUGGAGAUUCUGGGGAUUGAACUUGGGCCGUUCUGUGUGCUCUGUACCACUGUGCUAUGUGCACAAGAGGAAUGGAUGCAGAGCCAGGUGGGAUCGAGGGGAAGUUUCAGGGCCAUUGGAGAGAGGGUCCCCUUUUUCCAGAUUCAAGCUAUUGCCUUUCCCAUUUAGUGAGGUAUAAACUGGGGGAUUUUUUGUUUUGUUCUCAUGAUAAAAGAACUCCGGGUAAGGUUGGAGUGAGUGACAUGUCAACCAGUGGAUUUAAUUUGCGGCCAGUUCAAGAUUGACAAAAAUAAAAACUCCUUCCCAUAUAACACUCCAUUCGCUUGUAGAACUCCCAGCCACAAGAUGCAGUGUUCUUGCUUGGACAGCUUUCGAAUGAAGUGUCUAGCCAGUUGGCAGAGGAACCAUCUAUCAGUAGUUACUCGCCAUGGUACCCAAAGCAAACUUCCCUGAUUAGAGACAAUCAACCCCUAAGGACCAGAUGCUGGGAACAACCAUUGCUGGCGGGAGGUGACGCUUUCAUGAGCUUCAGGGAAUUCCACGCUGCCUGCUUUUGUGAUAGUUAAGGUACAGCCUUCUCCCUUUUUCUCCCAUGGAUUUUUUUUAAAGAAAAGAAAUGCAUGCAACUACAAAAAUAGAUUUUCCAUCAAUUUACAUGACAUAGUGCAGUAUGACAGGCCCCUUCCCUGAAGACCUUACAAUCUAAAAUGGAAAGAAAGCACUAGAUAGAUCUUUAUCUGAUGCAGGAAGGCACAUUGGAGGUUUUCGUAACCAUUCCUUACGGAAUCCCUCCAUAGGCACGGAAACUUUAAUCAUCAACUUUAACAUCAUCAAGUCAAUUGCCAAAAAGCGCCAUCUCCCGUGAUGACUUCUCUGUGUGAUGCAAGGGAGGCUCCUGCUGGCUUUGUUUAAGCACCCACAGGAAAGAAUGCCAUAGGACCAGUUGCCUUUGCCACAGUUUGGGAGAAGAUGCCCUCUUCAACCUAAGAGCAAACUGUCCCCCAGGGAGGAACUCACCUUUUGCCUGAAUUUGUUUAUUGUUUCAUUUAAAGUUAGCUUGGCUUCCUCCUUCAAACAGGAGCUUACUGUGCCAGAGGCAUCCUAUUGAUUAGAGAAUGUCAAGAGGUAACGCUUUGCACAAAUGGAAGGGAUGUGAUCUCUCUCUCACACUCGCUGCCUAUAGCAUGCACAUGCUAACGGUGUAGUAUUUUAUUUGCUGUGCAUACGGCAGCACUGUUCAGGUAGGCAGAAAGACAUCUAAAGGGGGAAAAGAGAGAGUGCUUAUAAACACAGAUAACAACUCUAAAUCCCUAGAUUAAGAUGAUAGUCAGUGCUUUGCACUGGGCUUUCCAAGCAUGGCCAGCCAGCUGGUUCUCUGCUCCAAGUCUGCUUUAAAGAUCCCAGGAGCGGUGGGUGAUGAAGGAUGGUGCCUCGCACUGGAUUGGCUCUGCCAAUGUGCCUGUACAGUACCGACCUCCCUGCAGGCAAAAGUGCAGUUAGGCCAAAAGUGGGGUUGCAGAUAUUGCUGCUCUGAUGGGUGAUGGCCACCGCCUGCAAAGUGCUGUACAUUCUUCCUGAAUGAUGUGAUUUCAAAUUGUGGGGAAGGGUGAAACAGGUCACCUGAUGAUGUCAUUGAGACAUCAUGUGGCUGACAGGUGGGUGGUCCUGCACACCCAUCAAACAUCAAUUCCUGUCCAUCCAAACUAGCAUGACCAAUGGUGAGGAAAGAUAGGCGUUGGCUUUGCUGGCUAGAGUUGAUGGAAGAUUAAGCCUGCAUUCUCCACAUCCUUGCCUGACAAGUCUCCAGGAUCAAGAUGGGGACAGCCACCUGUCAUACAAACUUGUGGGGACAGGAUGCUGGACUAGAUGGGCCGUUGGCCUGACCCAGCAGGCUCUUCUUUUGUUCCCAAGAGCGCUACUUUGGGCGUGGGAAAGAUGCGACAAUUCUUUACCACUGAAGCAUUAACAAAAUUAAGUUCCGUCUUGUUAAAUGGAUAUAGGUGUGUCCUUUGCCAAUGAGCAAUUUGUAGGUAAGAGGAAUUUAAAGUGCCACAUUGAAAGGAUAGAAGCACAACAAGCUUUGUAGUUUAAAAAAGUUAUUAUUUGUGGGGUUGUGUUUGAUGAGACCAAUAUGCCUGGGAACAUAACUGCCCUUAAAAUGAACUCCACCAUUUGAAGCUCUCAAAAGGAUCCAGAGUGUCACUACUGCAACCCAACAGUGUUUCCAUACUUCAGAAGCUGCAAGGCCGAACAUUUUAGAGUAGGAUGGGAGAAAGACCCCUGCCUUAAACCCCAGGGAGAUGCUGCCAAUCAGAAUUAGAUGGAAUGUUAGCCACUUAAAUAACACAGGUGGGAACCCAGAAAGAAUAGUCCUGAUAACACUUUAUUGAGCUAGCUUAACAAAAACAGUGUAUAAUUUGAACAGAAUGCUACAGAGAUGCCUUGUCUUUCUUAGCUCAGGCCUUCUACAUAACAGGAAAACUUUUAACCAAACAUAUGAAGGAAAAACUCUCUCAGAACCGCACAGCCAAUCAAAGCAUGUGCUACCUCAGUGAAGAUCCCAUAAUAAAAUGCAUUUUGUAUGGCAUUGUAUAUGCAUUUUUAUGCACAUUUCCCCCUAAUAUAUGCCUUUUUGUACAUAUCGUUUGGCUGAAGAACUGCAUUGCAAAAUUCAGAGAAGAGUGAAUUUUGUAGGAUGGCUGUGUUUUGAUUCUUAUAUUGUUUAGGAAAAUGUGAAUUCAGUACAUUCACCUUUAAAGGUGAACUGAAUCAACUUUGUCCCCCAUCCCCAAGCACACAUUAGAGAUUGACACACAUACAAACAGAGAGAGAGGUGCCGGUAUCUAGUGGUUAUGGCUUUCCUGUCUUGUGAAUUAAUAGAAUUAUAGAAUCAUAGAAUUGUAGAGUUGGAAGGGACACUGAGGGUCAUCUAGUCCAACCCCCUGCAAUGCAGGAAUCUUUUGCCCAUCAUGGGGCUCGAACCCCAAACCCUAAGAUUAAGAGUCACAUUCUCUACCAACUGAGCUAUUCCCUGAAACAUGUUAUUCCUUGAACCUUAAUCAAUGCGAAGGGCUGCAGUCACUCAGACAUUUGUCCCUCGGUGGUAGGAUACCUGUCUUGCAUGCAGAAGGUCCCAGGUUCAAUCCCCUGCAGGCAGGACUGGGAGAGAACCCUGCAUAAAAUCCAGGAGAGCCUCUGCUAGUCAGUGCAUACAAUACUGAGCUAGAUGGACCAAUGGCCUGACUCAGCAUAGGGCAGCUUCCUCUGUCCUUGCAAUGGGCAUGGUGCUUUGAAUGGCACGCCCCUGCCCCAAAUAGUUUACAACUGGCGGCUUGCCAACAGAGCAGCUGGGGAGAAGAGCCUCAAUAUGCUUGGACAAGUAUGAGCGGACUUUGUUUUGUCCAGCAGAAUGAUUUUUGCUACAGCAGCCACGCAGCAGGGAUCGAGUUUGGCCUGAGCCGGACAAUGGAGCUGAUAAGCACAGGAACCACGGAAGGGGAGUCAGAGCGGAAAGGGAUGUCCGCAGAAGGGCCAAGACACGUCCCCAUCUGUUCCUCCCUAUUUGUAAUGGGGACACUGUCCAAAAGGAAACAGUGGCGGAGAGAAGCCACAGGGAGUCGUUCCAAGGAGUCGGUUCUGUAGCUGCAGCUGCAAUGCCUAAGCAGGCUCACAUACCUAGGGACCUCAGCUGGGAGGAAAGUGCUGAGGGAAGGUUAUAGGGAGGUAUGGAUAACCCCACCUCCAAAUGCCCUUUUAGCUCUGAAACCCCGCAAACAUGCUAAUCUUUCCUUGGAAGGAAGGUGCUCCGCAAUUCUGAUAAAGUUGUUUUUUUGUCUUGACCUUCCCCUUGCCCAAAGCUCUGGGAUCUCUUGAGAAACAAAGCGACUGUAUGCAGCACAUAAAAUCUGCCCCCAAAUAACCCCUCUGUCUAAAUGUAUCUGGGGGUGGGGAAUAAUUCCCCCACCCCAAUGAAUCCUAAUCUCCAGAUUCCCAGAGGGUAAAUAUAUAUCUAGCUUUUGUGGAACCUGGAAUAUACAGACACUAUGCUUCUCAUUUUUACUUUCUGAGAAACUAGCUUGCUCUCCCUGCCCCCCGCCCUCCGAUCACCUGUCUACUCUCCCCCACAAAGAAAAUUCAAUAAUAAUAAUAAUAAUAUAUUACUUAUUUCCUGCCCAUCUGGCCGGGCCUCCCCAGCCACUCUGGGCGGCUCCCAACGGGGUAUUAAAAACACAAUAAAACAUCAAACAUUAAAAACUUCCCUAAACAGGGCUGCCUUCAGAUGUCUUCUAAAAGUCAGAUAGUUGUAUCAUUUCAUUGGCAUCUGGUGGGAGGGCAUUCCACAGGGCAGGUGCCACUACCAAGAAGGCCCUCUGCCUAUGUCUCUUAUGAUUUUAUUGUGGUAUUUCCAGUUUCUGUUCCUCAAUAACUGAAACUUUGACACGCAGAGGGAAAGGCUGUUGCUCACUCAGUGACUAGAAAACUGAACUCUGCAUGUGCUCAGAAAUACUCCUUCUCUAGGGUGGUGGCUUGGUACUGAAACAGGGCUGUGAACCACAGUAAGCCACAGAAGAGCCGUAGCUCAAGGUUAGAAUGUCUGCUUUGCACACAGGUGGUCCCAGGUUCAGUCCCAAGCAUCUCCAGGAAGGGCUGAGAUUAUUCUCCCUCUGAAACCCUGGGAAGCUGCUGCCAGUCAGUGUAGUGACAAUACUGAUCUAUUAUAAAGCAGCUUCUGAUGUACCUAUGAUCUUAUGCUGUUGUUAACAGCAACUUGCUGAGGUUGGGAAGCAACAUACAGAUUUUUAUUUUUAUCUUGUUGGACAGAGUUGUACAAGUUCUCCCCCAACUCCUGGCCAAGUCUCUGCUGAUAACCUAAACACAUGCUCAUAGCUACAAUUUAAAGAACACACAUAUUUGCGUGUUAUUGUUAUACAGGAACAAAACGGGGGGGGGGGUUAAAGCUAGGAAAUGGGAAAUACAGGUUACUAAAGUCGGAUCAUCUGCUCAAGUAGAAAGAAAGAAAGAAAGAAAGCUGGCCCUAGAGUCCCCAUGAGAAUGGAAAGAGCCAGAGGUUUCUAUGGGGUUACACAAUAGUUUGUGGGGACACCUUUAGCUGAAGGGACUAAUAUGCAACACUAUUUAUUGAUUUAGUCAUUGCCUUCCUCACAUCUCAAGGCAAUUAAAAGCAGUUAAAAACAACACAGAAAAUAACAUCAGAUAAAUUUGAAAACAGCACCAAGGAGGCACCUAUGGCUGAGGCCAAAUUUGUCUGUCUGAGAAAGCUUGUCAGAACAAAAAUGUCUUCAAUUUUUUCUGGAAAGUGUAGAUAGUUGGCCCCUGAAGUAUCUCAACAAAAUAGGGGCUGGGAAGGGGCUAGGCAAGGCUCCCAAAUUCACACUUCCCAAAGCAACAAGCAAAACAAAACAAAACAUAUCUGUCCUUCAAAAUAGGUGCUUCUUCAAAUUCUGGAACGGUUCUCCAACCAAAAACUGCACAAAAAUGCAUAUAGUUGUGGAAAUGACGGUGUAAAAAAAAAAAACCAACCCUACAUUUUAUUAGGGGAAAUAUUGCUUGAAAACAUGCAGAAUUGCGUAUUUGAAGACAUGGCUUCCAAAUUUUCAUGCGUUUUAGUUUGGAGUUUUUAAACAAUCUGCAGAUUGACUUGGAAAUGGGGUGAAGUGAACUUCAUGGUGGGGGGGAAUGAAGAAAAAAUGAAUUGGCCAGAUUCACCCAUCCUUAACAAGGACAAAGGAUACAAAUCUAUGUGCAUAUGCAAAUCUACAGAUCAAUCACUGCCAGGCGCACACAGGAUAUUGUACAGUUCUGGUCCCUCCAUCUAAAAACAGGCAGGCAGGCAGGCAGGCAGGCAGGCAGGCAUCAAACUGUGCUUCUUGCAAGCUGCGAAGCCAACAAAUCCCACAAUGUUAGCAAAAGAAGGGGAAGUACAUGGUGGACACAUUAACGCUGCAUGGUCUCAACCUGAACGAUGGCCGCAGUAUUGCUUAGCUUCAGGAAAUGAAGCCCUUCUGAGCAAAACACCAUUAACAGCCACUUUGGAAACAGCAUCGUUUAAUUUGUAUCAGAGCAGCUGAUGAAGGCAGAAGCUGAAACAGUUUUGCUACAUAAAUUAAAAACACUUUGCUUUGUAAAUGCACACAUACACACACUUUACAGUUGGGGAGGGAGGUGCAGAAAAAGGCAAGCAAUGCCAGGCAACGUUCAAAGCCCUUUUAGUAUAGCAAAAACAGGACGGGUUAUAAAAUUAUGCAUGAGGUGAGGAAACUGGAUAGAGAGAAGUUUUUCUCCCUUUCUUGUAAUACUAUUUUUACUUAACUUGGAGUCUUUAUAUAGGCCACUUAAUGACAUUCUUCUCUGGGCAGCUCAGAACACAAAAGAAGGGUCUCGUUAGUGAUUCAGGAGAGACGGAAACUCCUCCUGUCUACAAAUUGCUCUCUGGUGCAGGACACAUCUCUAUACAACUAACAAGAGGGCAAUUUUAUUUCUUUAUGAUGUUUCAGUGGUAAAUAAUUAUUGCAGCUUUCCCACACCCGGAGUGGCACUCUUUGUCUUGGCUUCCUCUUUAGAUUCUGCUGCUGCUGCUGGGGAAGGGCCAUAGCUCAGUGGUAGAGCCAGGGCCGUCAUUAGCAGAUGCGGCGCCGGGGUGCAAAUAUCCACCCAGCGGCCCCAAAUUACCACGGAUAGUGUUGGAGUAGCUGUAGCUGUGCACUGCCAGCCAUCUGGGGUGCAACUCUCCCCCAUGCCACUGCAGGAGAGCAAUCAAUCAAUCAAUCCUUUAUUAGGCAUAGCAAACCACACAUUAUAAAUCAAACACCGUAUACAGAUUGUAGAAAAUAUGAAUUCAGUAUAACAAUUUGCAUAAAUAAAACAGUAUAACACUACCACAUCACCGACCAUUCAAGAACGCAGGAGAGCAAUCCCUGCAGAGGAUUGCUCCGCGGAGGAGAGAGCUCUCCUCCGCGGAGGAGAGAGCAGCUUCCCUCCCAAGUCUCCUCAGGAGGAGAGCGAUCCCUGCAGAGGCUUGGGAGGGAAGCUGCACGCCCGCCAGCCUUAUGGUUGAAGGGGCGCAGCUGGCGGGCAUGCAGGGAAAGGGGAGGCCGCUGGCAAAGCCGCACAGCUCCCCCACUUGCUGGGGCGCCCCUGAGAGGCCGGCGCCCUGGUGCAACGCACCACUAAGCCCUAUGGGAAAGACGGCUCUGGGUAAAGCAUCUGCCUUGCAUGCAGAAGGUGCAGGGUUUGAUCCUUAGCAUCUCCAGGUGGAGUAUAGAAAAUAUGGAGCAAGAUGGACUAGGGAUCUGGCACACUAUAAGGCAGAUUCCUAUGUAGCUAAUAAAUCAGAAUUUUAAAACACAGGAAUGUGAAAGCACAGUAAUGUGAUCAGCAGGAGAUUUGGGGCUGACGAAAAGAAGCAUGGUGUGCCAAAAUUAAGCUAUGGAACUCAGUGCCACAAUAUGUGCUGAUGUACAUCACAAGUUGUGCGCAUGCUCUUGUUUACUCUGCAUCCAGUGUGCUCCCAUCACUGGUUUAGGAAGCCGUGUACACAUGAUCAUGCCACAAUCCAUGUCUAUACUGUCAUUUCCUAUGAAAUGCUACAUUUGAGGUAUUUCCCCCCCUAAAACCGGAUUUGAUCCAAAUUGAGAAAAAGAACGACCUGGCUGUGUUUUAAGCACAUAAUGUGCAUUUUAAGCUAGUAAUAAAAGGCAUGAUGUCUAUAAGCAGCAGCAAGCAACUAGUUUCCAGUUUGGCCAAGCAGAGGAGCUCUGAAAAGGCCAUAAGAAGGGCCAGGAAGGUAACAGACCUUUUUUCUAUUGCAGCUCCCUAGCAAGAAGUACUCAGGUAGGCUGCUCCUGAACUUGGAGUUUCCACAUAGCCAUCAUGGCUUGUUCCCCACUGACAACCUUCAUGAAUUGCUCUAAUCCCUCUUUAGAGGCUGUUAAGCCACACCCCAAAAGCAUCUGAGGUUCUGCAUUGGAAGUUCCUCUCCCCUGGCCCCAACUUGUCCUUCCAAGGCAUGCAGAGGUCUCAAGGCUCCACUUGACAGCCCAUUGUUCAAGGCUGAGCUGUUUGGCAGAGAUACACACCUGGGGAGGCAAUGCUGUUUCCUCACAUUGUCCCGAGGAAAACAGACAGAGCAAAAUUGGAAAAACAGAGUGACUCCCACCAGGAACAAGACUGGAAAAGGGGCAGAUUUGUAGAAUGGGGAUUUGUAACCUUUUCCUUUGGUCUUUCAGCUACAUGAUUUGAAUGGCUUGGAGUACUUGCCCUUGGAAGCCUCCAUAUUCCCCCCCCCCCCCUGCUCUCUACAACCACAGUAGACCAUGAUUUAAACAAAACAAGCAAAUAAAAAAACCCCAGACAUUAGCUCUGAAAUUUGAGAAAGAGGAUAAAACUUAUCAGAUACUGAUUAGAAGGAUCAGAGUCACACGAACCCUAAUCCGCUUAAUAAUAUUUGUAGAAAUGGACUUUUAUUUGCUUUGGCCAAAGGUUUUAUCUUUACUUCUAGUUUUUCCCGAUCAAAUUAGCAUCACUCAGCACUCAGGCUCUGUGUUGGCCCUUAAUUAACAAGGUGGAGAAAGACCUCUGUAAAAAGAUUGGGGAGUGAGAGGGAAUAACAAAGGCAUGGAUUUUUGCUGUGGAAAGACUGAGUUCAUUUCAGCUCAGAUACUCAAACAAGGUCCUGGGCUCUGAGCAUGGGUGUUAUAUGCUGACAAGGCCUCAUUCCUGUCAGCAAUCGUGCUGCAGCAUUCUGCACUAACUGCAACCUCUGGACGAAGCAUUAGGGAAACCCCACACAAAGUGCAUUGCGGUAAUCCAGUCUUGAAGUAGCCGAUGCAUGAAUUAGAAGAACAGCUUUGCAAAAAAAUGUGAGUUUUAAGCAAAAUCAUGUACAAAAGUGUUUAUAUUAGAGUGUCAGACUAGGACCUGGGAGAGCAGGGUUCAAAUAACCACCCAAGCCAUGGAAUUGUAGUUCUAGACAGCUGGGGGGCAUUAGUUUGGCAAAGACUGCUCUAGAUGCUUAGAGAUGUAGAAAAAGCUAAGCACUGGGACAAAGGGAGAACAGAUAGAGGGUUGCACUCAGAAAACACACACACAAACAAGAAAGAACCCUGUUGCCCUCCAGAAUGCAGGCACUUGCAUUAACCACUUAGACCCCGCAGUUUUAAACAGAAUCUCUUUUCCAUCCCCUUCGAUUUCAGGCUAACUCAAAUGCUGACAUUGCAAGAAACAAGACGCCCUGGGAGAGCUCAUCUCACUGAAUUAUUGAGUGAGAUCAAAAUUCUGCUGACUGGGGAAAUGUUAUUUUGCUGCUUCGGUGACGACCUUUAAAGGACCUCUCCUUUGCAAAGGAGGCACAUUGGGACAAUAUUGGGAUGGUGCACAGCCAGGGUUCAAGGUUCAAGGGGGAACCACAGCACAGACCAAUUCCAGUUUAAAAAAAACCUGAUUUUUGGAAUAUUUAUAAUGACUUUUGCGGAGUUGGAAAAGGUUCAGAAAAGGGCAACCCAAAUGAUCAAGAGGGUGGAAGAACUCCCCCAUGAGGAAAACUUGCAGCGUUUAGAACUUUUUAGAUUAGAGAAAAGUCAAGCAAGAGGUGACAUGAUAGAAGUUUAUAAAAUUAUGCACAGCAGGGAGAAAGUGGACAGGGAAAAGUUUCGUAACACCAGAAUUUAGGGAUGUCCAAUGAAGCUGAAUGUUGGAGGAUUCAGCAAAGAUUUUAAAAAGUACUUCUACUUGAGGCUAUGAAGCUCGCUCCCCCUGGAGGCAGUGAUGGACACCAACUUGGAUGGCCUCAAAAGAAGAUUGGACAAAUUCAUGGAGGAAGCAGGGGAGAGUUAUCUUGUGCUCAGGUCCUGGUUGUGGAUUUCCCACAGGCUUCUGGGAAAGAGAUGGACCAAUGGCCUGAUCCAACAGGGCUCUUCUGAUGUUCUUAACUUAGGUCCAUUUAUGACAUUUGCAUCACACUUUUCCCCUGAGGAACUCAAGGCAACAUAUAUGGUUCUCUUUGCUAUUUUCAUCCUCACCAGCUUGCAGGAGAGGUUAGAUGCAGACAGAAUGGCUCCCUAUUUCCAAUACUCAGGAUAUGGGUACCAUUGCUUAGGGAACCUAGGGCCGCCAUACGUCUGGACAUCGCCGGGAUUCGUCCCUUGAAAAUGGUGUCCAGGAGGAAUUUUUGAAUUUUUGAAAAGCCAGCUAAUAUGUCCUGGAACAUCCAGGCAUAUGGCAGCCCAUUUCCUAAAGCAUAGGUAAAAAAAACAACCACCUUCUGAUCUUUCAAAAAAAAAAAAUCUCCACAAGUUUUGCAGAAGUUCACAAGAUCUUUGGGAGAAAGGCACUGAAAAACAGCCUAAUGAGGUUCUGAGCAUGCUCAGUGGCUGUGGAAUGUGGGCUGAUUGUUGUCAGGGGGAAGGAUAGAAAACGAGCUUGGGGAGAUGAAAUGGAGAGUAUUCAGGAGGAAAGCAUCACUAACUGAGUGGAACCGUGAACUCCAGCACCCUAUACAACAUCUAUUAGUUUAAAUAUUUGUUUAAAAACAACUUCUAUAUUUCAGAUGCUAAACUAUCACAGAGCCACUUGGGGCUUGGCAAUACGGGUUCUAGAAAGAUACUGUCAGUUAUCAGGAAACUGCAGCCGUUUCUGUUUGUGGCCCCCACUUUUGCACUGUUACAGAAGAUACUGACUGAGAAAUUAUCUGUUUUUCAAAGGUGCAAAGUUUCUGUUCUCAUUUUAAUUACAAUUCUUCUCCUUUGUUUCUACUCAUAUGUGUCAUGACUGUUAUAAAUAUUUUUUUUAAAAAUAAAAAAAAAUUGACUCCCCACCCCAAAGAGUUAAUUGUCUAAAGGCUGUUAUGAUCUCUCUUACAGGAGAAAGCCACUGGUGCUAUCUGUCACAGCGGUGUCAAAGCCAACACUGUCUAGGUAAUUCAUAGCAGAUUUUAAAAGAAAACACAAACCUCUCAAUCGUCUUGUAAGUGUGCUUAAGUUAGUGCUGGGUAGGGGUCAGGGUGGUGAGCCCAUUCUUGGCAGCAGGCCAAGAUUGCUCAUCCGUGUACCAAAAAGAAGACAGAGAUCAAUAUUGCAAGGAAAGUGGCUGGAAGUAGGAACCCAAAGUGUAACAGGGGUGCUUGCAUGGAGGGAAGCAGUCCUGGGGAACACAGAGUGGCCACUACUUUGAUACCAUUGUAAGAGAUGCACAUUCACAUAAAACUCUUUUGUUCUAUACUUUAAUUUCCCAUGUACAUCAUUUAUAAAGUCUGUAGUAGCAUGGCUAUCCAGCCCCUCUGCUACAUAAAUGGGUCUCCAAACAACAAACUAUGGUUCCCAGGAUUCUUUGUUGGAAGCCAUGGCUGUUUAUAAAGUGGUAUGGUACUGCUUUAAAUGUCUAGUGCAGAUGGGGCCACAGAUAAGUCAGCAAAACAAUUGUGCUUAGGCUUUUUGAAGCAGCCAGGUUUUUAACCAGCCACCUUAGACAAUACAGUGAUGACAUGUACUAGCCUUCCCAAGCUGGUUAUUCUAGACAUCAUUGGACUAAGACUCCUAUCAGCCCUGGCCAGCAUGGCUGAUGGUCAGGAUGAUGGUAAAUGUAGUCCAACUAUUCCGGAGAGCACAAGGCUGGCAUCUGCAUUCCUAAGGCUGGCUAAUAUUUCAAAAAGCCUGGCCUGAUUUGCAGAGAGCCUGGUUCAUUCAGUGGCACAACUUUCUCCAACUUUUUUUUUCACUGAAACAAUCUUCCCCUCCUGCCCACGACACCUUCGACAGAACCCCGCCACUGGGUACAGGAAUUCGAGGAGUGUGGAAAAAGUCAACAGUCUCCUAUCAACAUCCUCACCAACGAUGUGAAAUACGACUGGGACCUCAAGCCAUUCAAGUUUGAAAAAUACAACGCCAAGCCAGAAAAACCCUGGACAGUAGUAAAUAAUGGCCAUACAGGUGAGAGGUGAAAAUGUUAUAAGAUAUAACCUAUUGUAUUGCAAGAGUAACCGGUGUGGUGUCCUUAAAGUGUUCCCGUGGGACUGCACCUCCCAUCAGUUAAAGACAGGAUCAGGACCGACCUACCUAUGCGGCCAGGUGAGGCAACUGCCUCAGGUGGCAGGAUCCACAGGGGCAACAGAUUGGGAUGCAGAUCAUUCUUCCCCAUCGCCCUUGUGCUCGAUGUAGAUCUUCACUCACCCCUUCUUCAUUGGAGGGGAGGGGAGCACCAUUUUGAAGGUUACCUCAGGUGCAAAGAUGUCUUGGGCUGGCCCUGGCCAAUAUGGCCAAUGACCAGGGAAGAUGGGAACAUCUGGAGGGCCACAGGUUGACCACUUCUCUUUUAGGAGAUGCAGGUGGCCAUGGCAGCCAUCCUCUCUCAGGAGUCAUUUCCUCCUAUGGAGGAAUGGGGGUACCUGCCAAUUUUGGCUUCUCUCCGUUUCAAGCUUAAGUUUGGUUCUCCACAUAUCCCCAUCAGUUGGAGGUUGUUGUUGUUUUUUAAAAAAGUCCCCCUGGAAUGUCACCAACAUUUUAAUGUGAGUUUCUCCUGAUAUGCACAUAUUCCUCCUAAUACAUCCGAACACUCUUUCAGAAAGUGCAGAUAUGGUAAGUUCAUCCCACCCUAUUCCUGUGACUGUGGUUUCUUUUAAAUGUUUUCAUUCUGGAUUUUAAAUUGAUGUAACCUGCCCUGAGACCCACUGCUGCUGGUAGUAGUAGUAGUAGUAGUAGUAGUAGUAGUAGUAAUAGCAGCAAAUAACAAGAAUUAUUAAUUGGAACAAGAAUAUUACAAUAAACUGAACUGAAUUUAUCCCCCAUCACUACUCUUAUAUGAAAGAGAAGAGUUGUUGCCACUGGCACUUUUUAGGAGUCUCUGUAUUAAAAAGAACUUCACACUUUCUAAAAACAUUGUGCUAAUUGAAACACAGCUGUCCUUUCAAAUUCACACGUAUCCAGUCUGUAGAGCACGAGACUCAUCCAAAUUUUAUGAUGCAGUUCUUCAACCAAUGUUGACACAAACACAUUUAUUUAAUGUGCAAAGUGAAUAUCUUCAUGAAGAAAACAUACAAACAUGCAUUAUAUUAGGGAAAGUUAGAAAAAAAAACUAUGUAUGCCAGUGAAAACUGCAAGCACUAAAAUGUUGAUUAAUUUUUGUGAGGAUUUUGUUUAAAACCCCAAAUUGCUGCAGAAAUUGGGACAACUGAAUUUAAUAUUAGAAAAAUGAGCUGCAAGAUUGACUGCUGCAAUAUUUUGGAAAGACCCCGUUGCUAAUGCGUUUGAAACUUGGUACUUAACAGCUAUGGUUUGUCGCUUUGAUGGAAAGACUUCACGAAGGAAGGCAUGUAGUAAUAUUACUAAAACUGAUAACUUUGAUGUGGUAUAGCAUUGUAAAGUAUGCUUCAGCGAAGUAACAUAGUUACCAACUACUUGCUCCACACAGGUCACUCUGGAAAGAUACUCUGGGUUAACAAAAAUUUUAUAUAAUUAGUAUAUUCACAUUGAAAACAAAGAAGUCAUGACUGAGUGGGAUGUGAGUGUCAUUUGUUCAUUGUCACCGGUGUAUUUGUUUUAUAUGAAACCAAUAAAAGACACAUUUCUUUAAAAAAAAGAAAAUAUUAGAAAACAGAGAAAAUAUGAGAAACAGAGACCUCUGGUGUGUGGCAUCUGGGCAUGGCUUGGCUAAAAUGGCCUAGUGGGGCAAAGGAGGUCUGUGGGGUGGAGGUUCCCACGCAACCCCCGGUUUAUAAUGAUAACAUGUUUUUGAAAUAAUGAAUGACCUGAAAGGGCACUUCUUUUUUGCUUCCCUCAGUCCAAGUGCAGCUUGAUGGGACAGCAAAGAUCGAGUCAGGUGGCCUCCAGGGGAAAUACAAGGCGGUGCAGUUCCACUUCCACUGGGGAGACAGCGAGGGGGAGAAAAGCAGGGUGAGCCCUGGAUCGGAGCACAGCAUUGACGGGGAGAGAUAUGCCAUGGAGGUAAAAACAAAAAAGGGUGCAGGGAUUCGCAACAUGUCCAGUAAACUCUUGGCCCAGGGCCCCAAUUCCACAGCUCUGCUGACACCCACAAAGAAAGCCUUCCCCACUCACUUCCAAUGUAGGGAUUGUUCUGGACAAAUGUGCCAAGUGUGCACUUGAGGCAGCUUGCAUGGAGCAUUCACACAUACAACAAAAAUUUUUAGCAUCCUUGCUAUGCAUUGGAGAAGCUUAAAUACUGAAUUUGAAAACUGAAUUAAUGUUGCACUGGUAUGGGAACUGGGCAAACUUGCAAACUUAUAUAAGAAUGGAAUGGGAGAAACAGACAGACCAACCAACCAACCAACCAACCAACAAAACCAGAAUAGUUUUAUUAGUCAUUGAUCUCCUUGUUUAAAGUUUUGUAAUCUUAGAGUGAUAUCUAAGUAUGGCUAAUGUCAGAUUAGACCAGAUGAAAUUAACAGUCAUGUCAAACACAGGUCCAUGAAUUUCAGUGUAUCUACUCUUAAGAUGCAUGCAACCUUCUUCUUCUUCCUAUUAAUAUUAUUAUUAGUAGUAGUAGUAUCUCACCUUUUCUCCAAGGAGCUCAAGGCAGUGUAAACACUUCGCCCCUUCCUUGUUUUAUCCUCACGACAACCCUGUGAGAUAUGUCAGGCUAAGAGAGAGUGACUGUACCAAGGUGACAAUCCAAUGGGCUUCAUGGCUGCAUGGGGAUUUGAAUUCUGGUCUCCCAGGUCCUAGUCUGACACCCUACCUGCAUUGCCUAUCAAUGGGUCUACUUGCUUCCAGAUCUGAAAGUUUGUUUCAGAUAAUAUACAAGUAACCUCACUUAUAUUGUAUAUGGCUUAUGUGCAAAAUAUAUGUACCGAUAUAUUUUCCUUUGUGUAAGGUUUUAUCCUUAUCAAUGUUCAUUCUUAGUUUUCUUGUUUCUUCUUUAAAAGUUUAACAUUUGUAAGCACAGUACUGUAGAAAAAGGUCUCAGUCUCUCUCCACCUGCCUCCCCCCAUAGCUUCAUAUCGUCCACAUCAAGGAAAACUUUCAAACUAUACAGGAAGCGCUCUCCAAAAACGGCGUAGCAGUGCUGGGCUUCUUUAUAAAGGUAUGGAAGGGAUUUGGGUUCACUUUAAAACUGGCAAAGCAACUAGAAUUGGCUUGGGCUGUAAGAAUCAUGGGGGCCAUUUCACACUUUCUGGUAUGUUUGCAAGAUAAAUUUCUACUAUCCAUGGGGAAAAUGCUGACAUGUGGCUCUUGGGAGAUUGCCCAGAAGGGAAAGUGGUCAUUGGGCAGAAAAACGGUCCCCCCUUCCCGCAAUCCAUGCUCUAGAAAAUAGUACAGAGUUAAAAGGGGGCAUUAAAAUUGUACCUUUUUUAAAAAAAUGUCUUAUUUCAGGAUGGCAACGAAAAUGAGUUCUACGAACCUUUCAUUUCAAAGUUAAAAGACAUUCCUUUCAACGGUAAGACUUAAUGGAAACUUUCUCUUUAAAACAGCAGCAGAAACACUCAACUCUUUGAUCCAUAAACAAGGUCAGAAAACUUCAUGUUUACUCUAUACUUGACUUUAGUCUGCCUUUUAGUUCCUGAGGGAUAUGUUUUCUAGGAUUCACCUUAUUUUUCUGAUUGUAAGUUGUUAUAAACUGUUUUUAACAUUGUUUUCAUUGUUGCAAGCUGCCCUGGGACCUUACAGUGAAAUAAAAUAAAAUAAAAUAUAAUAAUAAUAGCAUCACAGGGAGAUGUAAAUACAUAAGGACACUUCCCUCCACACGUUCUGAUCAUUGAUGCAUUGAGCCCAGUGCUAUUUACUCUAUAGAAGACUUGCCGCUCACUGGCCUUGAUUCAAACCAAAAAUGCUUUUGCCUGGCUGGAGUGUGUUCUUUGAACUCUAAUGAUGUUGGGGUUUUGUUUUGUUUGUCUGGAUGGAGAAUGCAGAAGGCUGUAAAAGGGUAUGCAGAAAGUAGCCUAUUGUGCACAUAAUAAAAUUGUACUUUAAUUGCCCUACCCAUUUUGCACUGCAUGCUCUGGCAGAAAGUUUCCCAGAAGGAAAUGAAAAAAAGUUCCUCGAUCCAUGGUCUGCAGACGAUACUGAGUGAACUAGAUAGACCAAUGGCAGUUUACUGGGUCCUCCAGAAUCUCAGGCAAAGGUCAUUCCUAUCAUGUUCACUUCGAUUAUCUUUUUAAAAAACAAACUGGAGAUAGCAGGGAUUGAACCUGGGACCUGUUGCAUGCAAAGCAGGUGUUUUACCACUGAGCUAGUCUCUCUCCAGCUUCAUCAUGGCCUUAAGCACCUUCUCAUGUGCAUGGCUGAUUACGGAUGGAUGGUUCUGUCCAUUUCAGUUACUGUAUUCUCAGUGUUUCAUUUUGCCAAUCUUAAACACAGUUCUUCGCAUUUUCUAUAGCAAGAUGCAGAUAUACAGGAUACAUGCAAAGUUCGGCUAAGAAAUACAUUUUUGUAUGCAGUUUUGGCUAACGUACACUAUUCUGCAAGCAUUUUAUCUUAAUGCAGAGCACUUUUGUAUGCUAUCUUAACUAGCAUAUUCAUUUUUAUGUACUUUUCUAUGUAUUUUUGUUGAGUCAGAGAACUGCGUCACAAAAUUUGGAUUAGUGCGAAUUCCGAAGGAUGGCUGUGUUUCAGUUCUUGUAUUGCUUCAGAAUAGGGCAAAUGUGAUCGCUUCAGCUUAAAAUGCGAAAUAAAUCAAAUUUCUCCCCCAUCCGUUACUGCUCAUGCAUCUCAAGAGAUCCUCAGAAAUACCACUCCUAACAAGGAAAAGAUACAGUAAUCAUUUAAAUUCCAGUUGCUGGGGGAAAGAGCAGAAAGUGGGGGCUAGGGCCCUUGAGUCUACCUUGUGGGUUUCCUAAGAGGCAUGUAGUCUGCCACCCACAGGGCUUAUCUCACAGGGCUUUUCUUACAGUCUUCCUUAAACUGCUUUUGAAAGACAUCAGCAUCAAUAAACUUACAGAACUGAAGGCAAUUGCCAGAGUGACAUCAGAAAGAUGUGCCUUGCACGAAACAAUAACUCCUCUCUGAUCUCUCUAGGCAACGAAACUGAAAUGGGGGCUUUGUGCCUGGAAGCCCUCAUUCCUAAAAAGUCAGCCCUCGACAGCUUUUAUCGGUACACCGGCUCACUGACCACACCUGGAUGCAAUGAGGGAGUCACCUGGACUUUGUUUGAGACACCUAUUGAACUUAGUCUCCGGCAGGUGAGACAAAACACAAGAGAUGGGGCUUUAUAAAAGGCAUAUUCAACCCUAACAUGCUUAAGCCUCAUCAAUCAGUUCACUUAACCACUUCUUCAGAAUUACUGUUUCUUUAAUUAUUUUGGGGCAAUUUAACAGCCAUUGUGCUAGUAGGCAACAGCUGUGCAGGAUGCACUUCAAUGUAGUUUAAUGCUGUCCACUUAAUUCUAAUGCCCUCUCUUGGGCUCUCUCUUUCAGAAUUUUGGCUAUAGAAAUGAAUAGUCCCGCAAGGUGGCACUGGGUUUCAUCCCAGGGCGAGUACUUCUUUUUAUUCAGGAAAAGGGAAAGAAAAGUUGAGGAAGUUGAGGAAGGCUUUUGCUAUGAAUGCUGGGAUCAAUGCAGGCUGGAUUAGGAUGGCACCCCUUUAUCCCAAUUUACCAGCCAAAAUGAGACAGGCACAUGGCAUGAUGAUGUUUAGGCACCUACUAAAUAUGUUGCUGUUUCAGAAGCUUUCCGCAGAGGUGUAACCCAGACAUUUAUAGAAGAUCAGUUUUGAAGUUGAUGGAGUGUUUUCAUUGGUUUUAGAGUUUAUUUGAAUGGUUUUAUUGCUUUAGUUUAUUGAACUCAUUCUUCUUUUCUCAGAAUUUGUGUUCCUGUGUUUCAUUCUGCUUUUACCCUGGUACACCGUUUCAUUGGCUUUAUAACAUGAAACAGCUAUUAUUAUUAUUAUUAUUAUUAUUAUUAUUAUUAUUAUUACUACUACUACUACUACUACUAUUAUUAAUUCAAACAUAACCAUAUCUAUUCAGAAGGAAAUCCUAUUGAAUUCAGUGGUGCUUUCUCCUGGGUAAGUGGGGUUAGGAUUGUAAUGCUAGUUCCAUUGUUUUGUUUUUCAUUUUUCUAAUAAUGUCUCAUUUUUCUGGUUACUCCACAGAUCCAAGAAUUCUGGAUGAAGCUCUAUUUUGACACAGACAAAGAGUGGCCAAUGGUGGAUAACUUUCGACCCACGCAGCCUGUUGGUGAACGAAUUGUCUACAAGUCAGACUCAAAUGCACUUCUCGCUCCAGGAAAAAUAUUGCUGCUAAUACCAACAGCAACAUACUUCGCUCUCACUCUCAUCCAGUGAAGGGUUGGGCAGUUUUUAAAGGGGUUCUUAAUUGCAAAGCCCCCAAUCUUAAAACAUGCUUGGUUCAUGUGCAGCUGAUCCUCACCCACCAACGGGGGAUUCUGCUGAUCAGAAGAGCCUGCCACCUCACUGGCUUCCAUCAAGCAGGAGCAAUAGCCACCUAUCAGAAGGCUAAAAACUAAUUUGAGACCACUUCUUUGAAUUGACUGAAAGAUUCCUAACUGAUUAAUCCAACUGAUUAUGUGACUAAGCACGGCAGGCAUGUUGGAGACUGAUUUGUAAAGCGCCUAACUAAUCUGAAUUAUUGCCUUGCAACAGUAGCUAGUGUACAAGAACUGGCAUUUUACUGAAUCUUUAACAAUCAUAUGGAACAGUCACUUUGUGAUAUGAAAAUUUCUGAUGACCUUUGGUUAACACAAAGAAACUAAGCUUGACCUUGCUUCAAUGCAAUGUGACAUUGGCCAUGUAUGAAUGUCUCAUUAAACCAUAGUUUAGUGUCACAAGAAAGAGCAGCAGCAAGGAGGAGUUUGGAAGUUUCUGCUUCUGUUAUCCAGACCAGUAGUUAACUCUUGUUUGUUUGAAACCAUAAGUUUGAAACUAUAGGUUAUGAAGCUGGCAUGUUUAACAUUAACAUAGUUAACGUUAACAUCUUAAACUGUGGUAAAUAAAAACCAGAAGCAAAAACUUCUAAUCUGCUCCCCAUGACCGUGAGGGAGGAAAAGAGGGGAGUGUAGAAACAUGAUGCAGCUCAUUCUUGUCAUGAAAACGAUAGUUUAGCCCAGCCCCCAACCUUUGGUCACCAUGUUGUUGGACCAAAACUCCCAUCAUCCCUCAACCGUUGGAUAGUUCUGGCUGGGGCUGAUGGGAACUGGAGUCCAGCGGCAUCUGGAGACUGAAGGGUGGGGGAAGGAGGGUUUAGCAUAAUAUCUGAAUGUGACCAUCAGCAAUCACCACUGACCCUUUCCAGGGCUUUGUAUACCAGGAACGCCAAGUCAUGCUUUGACUUUGAGGUAAAGGGUGGUGCUGCAACACACCUGUUUUGUAGUCACUAUCUUCUUAAAUGCCAAGGUACUGGAGCUUCACCGCAGCUUUACAAGCAGACAAAUGGUUUUCUUACUUGUACUUUACCCACUUAAUUGUCAAAAGCUUUAAUAAAGGCCAAGUAAAGUGUAUGAGAUAGAGAUAAAUAAUAAUAUGGAAAUAUUUAUAUAUUCAAAGUCAACACACAGUACUGUGGGUUGUAGCCAACUAAGUGCUACUUGGAGUAGACGCACUGAAUAUAAUGGACUUAAGUUACAGUGGUGCCUCGCAAGACGAAAUUAAUUCGUUCUGCGAUUUUUUUCGUCUUGCGAAGCACGGUUUCCCAAAGUCUUCAAAAUCACCAAAGUCUUCAAAAACCUCAAAAAAGGCUACCACACCGCAUGCUAUGAGUUGCUCCUUGAAGUCACCCUGGGUAUUAACGGUUUUAAGAAAAAGGAAACAAACUUGCAAGACGUUUUCGUUUUUUUUCGUUUUUCAUCUUGCGAAGCAAGCCCAUAGGGAAAUCCGUCUUGCGAAGCAACUCAAAAAACAAAAAACUCUUUCGUCUUGCGAGCUUUUCGUCUUCCGAGGCAUUUGUCUUGUGAGGUACCACUGUAAUUGUGUGCAUUAAUUUCAGUGAGUUUCCUCUGAGUAUGUAUAUAGCCCUAUAUAUGUGUUAUUAUAUUAUUUAAGGAGAUUUUGUUCGGGUUGAGGAAUAAAACAAAUAAAAGUCUGACACUGAACAAGGCUGCCUGAUUUCCUCCCUUUACAUUCCUGUUCACCCAUAGGUGUCCCGUGGAGCUUUUCCUGCCAUAACAUAGCGGCUGUUCUUUCAGGAGAGCCAGCGGUGAGACUUGGAAGUCCCACCUUCCUUUCCUAUGGCCUGUGGAAUGACUGCUGUGGGC